AUGUCUUCUUCAAUUACUUAUACCAAAAAUGAAUCAAACGAUACUGCCAGCUUACAAAAUAUUAGUAAACUAAUACAGAGCAAAAGAAGGCUACCGUUUGUGAAUGAUAAAUUGAGUUGGGUCGAAUCUAGCAAAUGCCUUAAAUUUUUAACUGACAUUGAUCCUGAUAAAGUUCCUGCAUCAUGGAGGGAAUUGUUUAUGUCAUUUUUAGUUUGUUCAGAUAUAUCUUUUGAAUUCGAAGUGAUAAUAACAGACGAAAAAGUUCAUAGCAUAUUAUAUAAUAUUUUACCGCAAUGUGAUUUCACAACCCUUAUUACGGUAUUUAGAACAAUGUUCUCUCAAUUUCUUAAGGAACCGACUAGAUACAGGGAAGAAUAUCUUCAAUUCCUAGAAUUUUUAAAUACCAAACAUCUUUUAUUGAAUAUCUCAAUGUACUAUCUGGAGACAAUCGCAAUUGAUGAUCCUAAAUUAACAGAAUGCCUGAACUUCUUAGAUUUAUAUUUGACAACAAUACUAUUGUUAACUAAUUUUAAACCUGAUCGGUUAAGUAUAUUGGUUGCAGAAUUAUAUUUCGAAAUGAUUAGAUGUCAAUUUACAGUGGUAAUUACGCAAUUAUUGUUGCAAUCAGAUAAUAGUGACAUUAGGCAUAAAAUUAUCCAAAAAAUAAUUAACAAAAAGAUUGAAAUAUCUAAUUUUUUGGCUGAAACAAAAUUAGAAGAUUGUAAAUACGUAGAAGAAAGAUUAGCUCAAGUUAUUGAAGAAUCUAUGGACGGAGAUCAAGAUUUAAAAAGAAAAUUAGAUAGCAUUCAAAAUUUGACAAUAAAUUCCUCAGAGUUAAAUUUGUUACAAGUGUUGGAUGUAAUUGUAUUUCUCAAGGAACCAGAUCUAACAUUUAAACGUAUAUUUAUCGAACACUUAUUGUUUGGUGGGAACCCAUUUCCUUUUUACAAGGCAGUCUCAAGGAUAUCAGAUGAACUUCAUCAAUUCUUCAUUCAACAUCAAUCAGAGCUUAAGGAAAAACCUUACCUAAUAUCAUUCAUCAUGAACAAAGAAUCUUUCUUGGAAAGUAUUAUGAAAGUACAGUUGAAGGUGUGGAUAGAAUCUGGAUCAAAAUCGGCAGACGAUAUGGAGUCUGUAUUUAUGCUGAUUCCCGUCUUGUUAGAAAAAUUAGAUACAGUUUUGCAAGAUGUUUAUGGUGCUGUUCCGUUAGAUGAACUUCCCGAAAUUGUAAAUAAUUUUAUAAAAUCGAUUGACUAUAGAAAGGCAAGGGAUUUUCAACUAGAUAGGAUGAGACGAACCCAAUUAGAAAAAUGGAAACAGCAAAUGGUCGAAUUCGAUUCAAUAUUGAUUAAUCAGGUUCAUGAUUUUGUGAAAAACCAAAGAUUGAUUAGGUUUCAGAAAGGUGUUUGGGUAUACUCUCAGAACCCAACUGAUGCAUCUCUCAAGCAACCAAAGCUUUAUUUUACUAUCGUUUCUGACAACCAGGCAAACCUACUAGUUAGAGAAUUCGAAACAAAGACAGAAACGCAGCCUUGCGUUGAAGGGAUGAAAAUUGUAUCCAAGACUGCAUCACAUAUACAACCUCUUCAACAAUCUGUCACACUCGUGAUACCUUUGAAAAGUAUUGCCUAUUUUGAAAGUAGAGAUGUAUCUGUAAGAUCACAAACAGGAAAUUCUUCAACCAAAUUGGUUAAUUUAGGUCAGUUAGUUGGUUAUACUAAAGUUAAAUUACUUGAUAAAAACAAAAAAAGACUUUUAAAGGUGUAUUUGGAUACAAAAGAAAAGAAAUCCAUAUGGCUCGAUGGUCUUCAAUUGUUGUCACCUUAUGAUAUAAAAGAAAAUCUCUCAGCAGAUACUAAACAACAACAAAACGACCUGAUAUCACUAAGAAAGGAUGUUCAGAUGGUAAAUUUACACACUAAGAUUGCUUUAGAUGCGACAGUUGGUCUUGGUGAAGACGAUGACGAAUUUUAUGACCUUGACACGUUACUGGACCUACCACUUAAUAAUUACUACGAAUAG